UGGCAGCUUACAUGGUCUUUGAAAUGCAUCAGUCACUUCCAAAUGCUGCAACUCAUGUGAUUGACUGGAUUGGAGCUGCCUAUGUCCUCACUCUCUUUGGAGUGUUUUGUGCUGAUGCUUACCUGGGCCGAUUCAGGACCAUCAUUAUUUUCUCUUGCAUCUAUACAGUAGGAAUGGUAUUAAUGACCCUCUCAGCUUCUAUAGACAGCUUACGUCCACCAAAAUGCAUGGUAAGGCUAUGCCCACAAGCAACCGAUGGCCAGACAGGGUUCCUCUAUGGUGCACUGGCCCUUAUUGCCCUUGGAACCGGCGGUAUCAAGCCAUGUGUCUCAUCUUUUGGGGCUGAUCAGUUCGACGAGGCAGAGGUGGAAGAAGUGCCAAAGAAAUAUGCUUUCUUCAACUGGUUCUUCUUUGUUAUAAACAUGGGUGCUAUCUUGGGUAUAAUAGUCUUGGUAUACAUAAAAGAAAAUAAGGAAUGGGCCUUAGGUUUUGGGCUACCUACAGGGGCCAUGGUUAUUUCUGCCAUCAUUUUAGCAGCUGGCAUUCCUUUUUAUCGUUUCCAAAGGCCCAUGGGUAGCCCUUUCACCAGGUUUGUUCAGGUCAUGGUGGCUUCUGCAAGGAAUCAUUUGAAUGGAGUCCAGGUUCGACAUCAAACCGAGAUUUACGAGGUUACCAAGGAAUCUGAUAUCAAGGGCUCCCAAAAGCUGUUUCACACCUUACAGUACAGUUUCCUGGACAAGGCAGCGGUUGUGACAGAUUCUGAGGCUGACACAGCGAACCGUUGGAGACUUUGCACAGUAACACAAGUAGAAGAAUUCAAGUCUUUUAUCAGAAUCCUCCCAGUAUGGGCAUCCACAAUUGCACUGAUCUCCAUCUCCUUUGAUCAGCUCUCGACCUUCUUCAUCAACCAGGCCAACAUCAUGGAACGAAAACUCAGCUCCAACUUAAAAAUUCCAGCAGCUUCUGUCCCUGUUUUCAGUGCCCUCAUCCUCGUCCCCAUCUACAAAAAAGUAACAGUCCCUAUCCUACGUAAACGCACCGGCCACACCCGCGGCAUCACAUCAUUGCAAUGCAUAGGAGUUGGUUUAUUUAUUUCCAUAUUUGCACUGAUAGCUGCAGCAUUGGUAGAAAAAAAGAGACGCGACAGUCCUAACUCUUCAGGCAUGAGCGUGUUUUGGCUGUUUCCACAGUUCUUUUUAAUAGGCAGUGCAGAAGUUUUCACCCACGUAGGACAGCUAGAAUUUUUCUACGAAGCAGCUGAUGGGACAAGAAGUAUUAGUAGUGCAGUGUUUCUUAGUGAGAUCGGGAUUGGAAAUUGGUUCAGCACUGCAAUAGUUAAGAUCAUCGAAAGUGCCACUGGGGGAGAAGACAAAGGGUGGUUAAGGAAUAAUCUUAACAAAGGCGGGCUUGAUUAUUUCUACUGGGUGUUGACUGUGAUUAAUGCGGUUAAUUUCGUAGUUUAUUUGUGCAUUUCUGUUGUUUGUAAGAGUAGAGGUGGUGCAGUUGGGACGCUCAGAGAGGAGGGUGCCGUUGACAUGGGUGAUGAUGGUGCAUUGAUGGAAAAUGAGGAGGAUACAGUUGAAUUCCGAGGUGUGGCCUUAUAAGUAAUUGCAUUUGCUUGAUUUGGUUUCUUUCAAUGUAUCUGCUGCUAACUUGUUUCACUUGAAUGUAAGAUUUUAUAAUUUUAGUUU